CUUCUCUUCACGGCGUCGAUCUUCCUUUGCUGAACCGGCCCAAUUAGCCAUCUUUACAGAACGGUUCUCCGCUCUGGGUGAAUAGAGCUGAGAGGAUCGGCCCACAGAUGGACUCCAAUGGAGGUCAGGCUCUAAUCACCAUGGUCGCUUUGGCUGUAGCGAGAGUGUUACAAGUCUGUAAUUUUUGUAUCACGAACUCGAGGAGGAAUAGGGGCUCGGAGUCAACCUUGAGACUGGACGAUGGGUCUGGAGAAGAGGAGGAGGCAUUAAGGAGGGACUCAGAGUCAACCUUGAGAACCGACAAUGCAUCUAACGAAGAGUACGAUGUGUUCUUGAGCUUCCGGGGACCGGAUACUCGCAAUGGAUUCACCAGUUGCCUCUACAAUGGCUUGAGAAAUGCGGGAAUCCGCGUUUUCUAUGACAACGAAGAACUCAAGGUCGGAAAAAAAAUUGAUGGAGGUUUUUUGAAAGCACUUGACAAGUCUCAAAUUUACAUACCUAUCUUGUCUAAGGGUUACGCUAAUAGUAAAUGGUGUCUCCGGGAGAUUGCGCACAUGGUAAAAUGCACGUCAACAUCUAAUGGGAAGAAAGAAAUACUUCCCAUCUUCUAUGACGUGAAUACUGAUGAUGUUAAGCUCAAAACCAAGUUGUAUAAAAAAGCCAUGUCCGAGCACCAGAAGAAGUUUCGCUCCGAUGAAUUGAAGCGGUGGGAAGAUGCCCUUCUUGAGGUUGCAAGUAUGAAGGGAUGGGAUCUCAAAGGCAAAGGCCAAGGAGAACAAAUUGAAUUGAUUGUAGAAGAGGUUUCCCGUAAGCUUAAUUCAAAAUGCAAGAUUGUGACUGAACAUUUGGUUGAAGAUACUGCUCAAAUGGAAGCCAUUAUGGAGUUGUUGGAUGUUCGCUCUGGUGGUGUACGUUAUGUUGGUAUCCAUGGCAUGGGUGGUGUUGGAAAAACAACUCUUGCCAAAGUCAUGUUCAACAAAUUAAUUUCCCACUUUGAACGCUCUAGUUUCCUUGAAGACGUUCGAGCAUCAUCACAACCUCAUGGUGGUCUUUUAGAAUUGCAGAAAAAGCUCUUAUCAGAUUUGACCGGUCAUGGGAUUGCUAACAAAAUUAAAGAUGGUGAUGAUGGAAUCAAUAUGAUAAAAAAAAGCAUUGAGUAA